CAGGCGUGAUGUUGCACGUGGAGAUGUUGACGCUGGUGUUUCUGGUGCUCUGGAUGUGUGUGUUCAGCCAGGACCCGGGCUCCAAGGCCGUCGCCGACCGCUACGCUGUCUACUGGAACAGCAGCAACCCCAGAUUCCAGAGGGGUGACUACCAUAUUGAUGUCUGUAUCAAUGACUACCUGGAUGUUUUCUGCCCUCACUAUGAGGACUCCGUCCCAGAAGAUAAGACUGAGCGCUAUGUCCUCUACAUGGUGAACUUUGAUGGCUACAGUGCCUGCGACCACACUUCCAAAGGGUUCAAGAGAUGGGAAUGUAACCGGCCUCACUCUCCAAAUGGACCGCUGAAGUUCUCUGAAAAAUUCCAGCUCUUCACUCCCUUUUCUCUAGGAUUUGAAUUCAGGCCAGGCCGAGAAUAUUUCUACAUCUCCUCUGCAAUCCCAGAUAAUGGAAGAAGGUCCUGUCUAAAGCUCAAAGUCUUUGUGAGACCGACAAAUAGCUGUAUGAAAACUAUAGGUGUUCAUGAUCGUGUUUUCGAUGUUAACGACAAAGUAGAAAAUUCAUUAGAACCAGCAGAUGACACCGUACAUGAGUCAGCCGAGCCAUCCCGCGGCGAGAACGCGGCACAAACACCAAGGAUACCCAGCCGCCUUUUGGCAAUCCUACUGUUCCUCCUGGCGAUGCUUUUGACAUUAUAGCACAGUCUCCUCCCGUCACUUGUCACAGAAAACAUCAGGGUCUUGGAACACCAGAGAUCCACCUAACUGCUCAUCCUAAGAAGGGACUUGUUAUUGGGUUUUGGCAGAUGUCAGAUUUUUGUUUUCUUUCUUUCAGCCUGAAUUCUAAGCAACAACUUCAGGUUGGGGGCCUAAACUCGUUCCUGCCUCCCUCACCCCACCCCGCCCCACCCCCAGCCCUGGCCCUUGACUUCUCUCACCCCUCCCAAAUUAAAUGGACUCCAGAUGAAUAUGCCAAAUUGUCAUAGUGACACCAGUGGUUCGUCAGCUCCUGUGCAUUCUCCUCUAAGAACUCACCUCCGUUAGCGCACUGUGUCAGCGGGCUAUGGACAAGGAAGAAUAGUGGCAGAUGCAGCCAGCGCUGGCUAGGGCUGGGAGGGUUUUGCUCUCCUAUGCAAUAUUUAUGCCUUCUCAUUCAGAACUGUAAGAUGAUCGCGCAGGGCAUCAUGUCACCAUGUCAGGUCCGGAGGGGAGGUAUUAAGAAUAGAUACGAUAUUACACCAUUUCCUAUAGGAGUAUAUAAAUGAACAGGCUUCUAAAAGGUUGAGACACUGGUGUUUUUUUUUAAUAUGACUGUCUUAAAGCAUUCUUGACAGCAAAACUUGUGCUCUCUAAAAGAAGCCUUUUUUUUUUUUCUAGGAGGCAGGUUGGGUGUGGAAUGCUAAUACAGAGCAGGUGUGAAAACAGAGAAAACUACAGGUUUGCUGGGGGUGUGUAUGUGUGAGUGCCUCUAAUUUUUUUGGUGACUGGGCAGUGCACACCAGAUAUUUUUUCUUUGAAUACAGAUCACCAUGGUGCUACAACUUUUUUUUUUUUUUUUUUUUUUUUUUUUUAGAAACUCAAAGAGGCAUUUUUAUGAAUAAAGUGACCUUCCCCAAGGCUGACAAGCCAGGGUUGAUGAGUGCAUAGUGGAAUAGCUUUGGAUACUCCUCUGGGGGAUGACAUGUACCAAGGAGAGGACCGCAGUGGCCAGAGGAGACAUGAUUUGGCUUUGCUGGAGCGCCAGUGUGCUGUGGCCUUUCCCCGCCUCCCACCCUAGUACCCACGUUUUGCUCCACACUCCUUGACCGCAGGGGCUCGGACACAAACCCCUGUCACCAGGAGAGUCAGUCAGCACUACUUGGGAGGGCUAAAGGGAAAUUUGGAAAUAAAAUUCCAAAGUUUGGAGUAAAAAAAUUCAAGUGUUGAUUUUAUAUUCUUUCCCUUUCUGACACAGCCUAAAGCGUAGGGGGAACAUGUGUUUAUCUGUGGGAGAUAAACAAGAUGGAGUCCCAAAGACUUUAACAAAAUAUUUUUUUAAAAAUCCACUAGAAUAGAAAAUACAUUAUUUAGAUAUACUUUAUGCUGAGAGUGAGUAUAUAUGCUUGUCCUAUUUAAACUUGUGAGAAAAAGUGGUAUCCCUUGAUACAUUUAGAAAUAUGGGGGCUAUCUUGUUUCAUUGUGGGGGUGGGGCAGAAGGAGAAUAAAUGCAGGAUGACCCUGUUGAAGGAAUCUUAGCAUGGCCAACAAGGGACGUUUCCAGUCGAUUACCAGGAAAUGCAAGCCUUGGGGUUUCUACUGGUGGUGGGGCUGUCAUGAACUUUAAAAUCCAAAGCGUAGACAAGGAAAAGUGUUAGACCAAUUGAAAAGCAAUCCAGCCUUUUUUUUUUUUUUUUUUUUUUGGCUUUGCACGACAUGUCAACAGAAACCAUGCCUUUCAAAAUAAGAAAUAAAUGUGAUGAUCAUGUAAAAUGUGAAAAAUUGAAAGCAUUCCAGCAAAAUAAGAAUUUUUUUAUAUAUUUGUUUUUUAAGAUGUAUAUGUUAAAAAAAGAGAAGGUCGCAUUAUGGACAGACUUCGUGAAUGGGAAUUUGCUUAGAAUUGUGAGUAGUUCUGAAUUAGAAAAGUAUGUGAAGGAAAGGCAGCUGUAAACGUAUUGUGCCCUGGAGAGUUGUACACAUGUUGAAAUGUAAUCUGGGCUUACCUGAUCCAUUUGGAGUGGAUGUCACUGCCGAGUCUGUUCUCACAUGGAACCAUGUGUGUGGGGUUGCCAGCCUCACAGAUACAAUCAAUCCUAUUCCCCUCUGACAUAAGGAAUUCCUCUGGAGUGGCAGAGUCUUAUCGCAGAAGGCAGCCACCAUUUCACCGAAACAAAAGUUCACGGCAUUCAAUUCCUUUUUCCUUUAGCUAUUUAUAUAUGCAGUACUCUCAGUAGUAUCCAGAAAUACUUUUUUUUUUUUAAUUAAUAGUUACAGGCUUGUUGGUCCAGUGGGAUUUGGGUAGGGGGAGAAAGAUACCUUCUAAAAUGGAUCAAUAGAACCAAAAUAAUACAGCAUGUUCUAUAACCACAAGGAAAUCAAAUGAUCCUGUAAUGAUUCCAGUUAGUCAUAACUAUGUUAGCAGUGCUAAAUGCAUUUUAGAAAUGGUGACUUCUGUGGUUUUCCUAGCAUUUGUCUCUAACAAAUGGUGAAAUAAUUACUCAUGGCCCUCUCUGCCAUUGUCUUUCAUUUUUUCACAGUGAAAUUAGACCCCUUUACUUCACCGUUCUGCCACUGCAAAUUAAGUAUAAAGAAAAUAGCAAGAGUAUCCACACCAGUAGACAGUAAGCUUCUCUACCUGUAAGUGAUGUAAUCAUAGCUAAUGCACUUGCCAUGGAGUUUUCAAGAUGAUUGGUGUCAGACAGUUUUCAUUUUGUUUAAAAAGUGUUGGUGGCCUUUUGUGGUGGUGUUAUAAUCCUCUGGGGGCUUAGGAGGAUGUUGAUGCAACUUUUAGAAGCUUUUAAUUUCAAAAACAACUCAAAAAUCUGAAGGACAGUCAUAGCUGCCACUCAGCCCCAGUCAGUCAAACCCCAGUGACCUUUGCCCCUGGUUGCCAAGGGCUUUGCAACAUGAAGCAGGGAAAUAAGGAUCUGUCUGUCUGUUUAGUGGAUACCGUGUAUCCUUUAAUAGACCAGGUAACAGUUCGUGUUAGUUUAGACUAUUGUUUUGUACUGUACUUUCUUGGGUGGCAGAGGAAAGAAAAGUAAAACAUUAAAAAAAAAAAACUGCGUUCUUUAAAUUCUGUAUUAUUAGCAACCUCUGUUGUAUAUAGUGUUUGAUAAUAAAGUAUUAAUUUGAUUCUUAUGUCUUUUGUAAGUGAGAACAAUAGACUUUCAGGAUACAAAACAUGCAUUGAGGCUUUGAAACAUCCAAUGUGUACUGUGGCUGAAAAAAAGAGUCACAAGUGGCUGAGACACUGCUCCAUACAGGACUCAUGUGUGGUCAUUGCCCACCCAAUCUUAUGACUCCAUCAUCUUGGGACCCGGAACAACAUGACUUUUUUGAUCAAUAUUUUGUCCUCGGUGUUUUCAAGGUCUGAUGUUGGAGCCCUGUGGCCCACCCUCCCUUCUCCACCAGCAUGUUGGUUUGAAAAGGAUAGGGAAUUUAGAAACAGUUCUGUACUUUGGUUUGGUUUGGUUUUCUGUUUGUGAUUGUUUUCAUGGACUGUUUUAUUUUUUCCCAGGAAGAGUCUUUAUCAAUAUCAUGUGCAGCUCACUCAUGGAAAUGGUUGCAAACCAAUCAGUGUAGGAAGCUUAAAUGGGGCUGUUUCCCUCUCUGUGUCGUUGUGAAAGGAAGAGUCACACAGUACCUGUGGAUUUUCAGGGACUCUGUUUUUCUCCGGUGCCUUAGCAACGGCAGCAGCCAUUUGUAUUAGUUUCAAAUAAUUAGAAAAACAGUUUUCAACUCCUCCUUUCCAUUCAUUGCUCUCAGAGUUGUGGUCACUGACUUUUGUUUUGAAAACCGCCUCCACCAACACCCCCGUUUGCCUACACCACCCCCCUUUUACUUAGUAUGUUUAUUUUUUGUGUGUCUCUUGCCUUCCUCCCACGUUUUAUUUCCCCUCAGAGCCGUGAAUGGGCAGGUCUGUCUCUGGUUUGGCAUCACUGAGUUUUUCCCAUGCAUUGGCCCCAGGGCUGCUAGGAUGUGAGACAAAUCUCCCUACAAUGGGCUUGCUCCCAUUGUCUGUACAGUUUAAUAGAUGCUGGCAUGUCGGAGGUUACCCAUGAGUCAAAAUCCGCUUUCCAUGCUUACUCUUGACACCCCAUUGAAGCCACUCAUUGUGUGUGCGUCUGGGUGUGAAGUCCAGCUCCGUGUGGUCCUGUGCUUGUACUGCCCUGCUUUGCAGUUCCUUUGCACUUACUCAUCGAGUGCUGUUUUGAAAUGCUGACAUUAUAUAAACGUAAAAGAAAAUGUAAAAAAAAAAAAACCCACACACAAACAAACCCAUACGAUCUGUAUUUGUAUAUACACGUGUCCGUACAAGUAUACCUAAAUAAAAAUUAAAGAUUUUCAUCAUUUUAA